AGCCCCUGUGCAAAUUUCACACAGCCACACACACGCUGACCAUGUCUGCAAAGGCGCUCGCUUCCGAGCUUACCGAGUACCAAAAGCAUCCCGUGGAUGGAUUUGACGUCUCGCUGGUGGACGACUCAAACCUCUAUGACUGGCGCAUUGGGAUUUUCGGGCCGCCCAAGACGCCAUACGCUGGCGGGUACUUUAAGGCUCGAGUCAACUUUCCCAAGGACUAUCCUUACAGCCCUCCGUCGAUUCGGUUUGAGACCGAGCUGUGGCACCCCAACAUUUUCAAGACGGGCGAGCUGUGCAUCUCCAUUCUGCAUCCUCCGGGCGAUGAUCCGAUGAGUGGCGAGCGUCCCGAGGAACGCUGGAAUCCAACCCAAAAUGUUCGAACCAUUCUGCUUUCAGUCAUCUCCCUGUUGAACGAGCCAAAUACCUCCUCGCCAGCAAAUAUUGAUGCCUCUGUCAUGUUCAUGAAGAACUUGACCGAGUAUCGUCGCAUUGUUUCGGCUCAGGUGCGAGCAUCACAAGAGAUUGCUCGCCAGGAAGGUGUCGCCAUUCCGACCAGUGUGGAAGAGUACACGCAGCGAAGCCGUCAGCAGAUGGAGCGAACCAAGCAGGACGAAGAAGAUGCCGUGGAUUUCGAGAACAACUAUUACGAUGAUGAUGACGAUGAUGAUGAUGGUUUUGACGACGGGUUUGAUGACUAUGUCGUUGAGGACGACGAUAGCGCGCUGAUGGAUACUGACGCGGAUGAAGAGGAGAACAACAACAAGACGGCCCAAACGCAAACGCAGAUGGCGAAACCAAUCCUCCUCGACAGCUCGGACGCUCCGCUCAAACAAACUCGAUCGGCAGCACUCGACCUGGCGUCCAAACUCAGCUCUGUGACCCAUGUUGAUAGUCGCGGCGAUGCAUGAGUUCUGUGCCUGUGUGUUUUUUUUGUUUUUGUUUUGUUUGGUUGUUUGUUCGUGAUUGAUUGAGCGCCAAUGCUCAUCUUUUCCCCCCCCCCUCCCCCAAAUGAAACUUGCAAUUUCGUUCUGUACAAUCUAGCACAUUCAUCAUUCUCAG